ACCGAAGCAACCAAUGCCGCCGUGGCCGUGGGUGAUCCUGGGUCGCGUCCCCCGCCUUGUACCCGGCGACGCGGAGGCGGAGCACGCCGCCGACUUCUCCAUCCCGGUCGCGCUGCCUCCGCGGGUGACAGUCGUGAUCACGGACCCAAGCACCCACCCCGACCCCAACUAUCCCGACAAGUACCCCUACAUCGUCGCCGUCGACACCGUCGGCCUGCUCUUCCACUUCAACGCCGAUCCCUUCUAUGGCGUGUGCUUCGCCGACCGCCCAUACGAGAGCAACAUCAUCGUGGCAAGCCAGUUCCACACGAACGGCGUCCAGCAGGGCCAUGCGACCACCGCCACCGCGGAACGCAUCCCCGGGCGCGACGGCUGCGAUCCCAUCAUCUUCGACAUCGAGAGCAUCGGGUUCGUCUCCGUCAACAGCGGCGAGGACUACUUGAUCGCGGAGCUCAUGGUUGACAAGGGCAGCGAGUGUGCCAGGCUUGUCCACUUCAGUAUGGGCAACCACAAGUGGUGCGAGGAGAACGUGGUCAACCCCUUGUCCGCCCACGACCGGGAUUGGGUUCCCGCCGGCGUGGUCUCCCACAAGGAGAAGCUCUGGUGGUUCGAUCUCUCUUGGGGGAUCCUCAGUUGCGACCCCUUCGUCGACGACCUGGUGCUCCUCUUCCACUCCCUCCCCGAGGACCGCAUCCUCGGCAUGGCCCGGCCGGACAUCCACGACCACCGCUGCAUCACGGAGAGCCUCUACGUCCUUCGGUACGUGGAGAUCAUCAUCCCCGAGGGCAGCGUUCACGACCAAGGCGAAGCAGCGACGGUGUACAUGUGGACGCGGAUCUCUGCUCCCGACGGCGGCGACGAGACCAUUGGGUGGGACAUAGAGUACGAGAUGAGCUUCGCGGAGAUCUGGAACGACGACAGCUACAGGAGGACCGAGCUGCCGCAGAAGGUCCCCGUGCUUGCUGUCGUGUGCCCAUCGAACCCACGUCUGGUCUACUUCGCCCUGGAGCAGGAGCAGCGUCUCUUCAGCGUCGACGUGCCCCUCCACAGAGUCGUGGAUUUCAUCGACGAGGCCUACGAGCUGGUGACGCCAGGGCCGGCGCCGCCCUCCUGCCGCUACGUCCUCCCUUGGUUCCUGCCACUCUCGGUUGCCCAAGCUCUUGGCAUGGAUCCUUUUGAGGAAGGCGACGAAACCGACGGCGACGACGAGCUGCAGGCAGCGGAAAUCGACGGCGACGACGAGUUGCAGGCUGCGGAAAUCGACGACGUGCUGCAGGCAGCGGAAAUCGACGGCGACGAUGACGAUCUACAGGCAGGGGAAAUUGACGACGACGAGCUGCUUAAAUCUGACGUCACAGAGCCAGAAGACGAUGCAGGAGAGGGCGCAUCUUGACUUUCAGCUCACCGUGCAGGAGGCUAUGGCAGCUCUACGCCAUGGAAAACGUCCUCAAGACAACUGAAAGAAGGCAUAUGAAGCAAGGUUUAUGGCUAAUUUUGUCCUAGGUCAUGAAGGUGCGCAAACUAUAUGUCGUGUCAAAUGCUUUGUCAAAGAUGGGGGUACUCAUAGAUUGACAUUGGAUCAUUUUUACACUUCAUCCCAGACAAAAAUCGCUCUAAGAUUUAGAUCGUUUUUCAGUCGUGGUCUUAGACUUGCAUUCUGGCACUCUGUUCUCUUCCUUUUUUCCUGUUGCUUGCUGCAGCAAGUACAAAAGAGAUGUAACACAUGUUGUAAGAUUGAGAUCAAUUUUCACUGUUGCUCUGUCAAAGAUGGGGGUACUCAUAGGAUGAUGUUAGUUUCAAAUAAUUGUAACUCUCGCAGUCUUUGUGGCAACAUAUUCCGACAAACUUAGUUGCUUAUUUGUA